CAAUAAAAACUGCGUCGUGUCUUUUUUACUUUCGGUUUCUCUGUGAGUCUCUGCAGCUCCAUGACUCCAUCUGCUGGACUGAUAGUAGAAGUGCAGCAGCUGAUCUUUUCCAGGAGGAUCUGAGUGGAUGAAUGAUGUUUGUUUCCUGUGCUGGUGAAGGUAGAAAGUGUGUGUGAGCUGCUGUGAGUUGAGCAUCAUGGAUGAGUGUGAGGACAGAGAGGAGGGAGUCCCUCCCUCUAAAAGCUCUCUGUGUGGGGAACAGGAGAACCAGAGCAAAGCUCAGAGGAAUCCACCUGGACCUGGACCUGGACCUGGACCUGGACCUGGACCUGGACCUGGACCUGCAUCCAGCUGUGUGUCCUUAAAGAGCGACUGGUCGAUGGGUCGCUUCAUUGAAUUUAAAGAUGAUCAACCUCCUGCUGCAGAGAAAAUCCAUCAGAGACCAGAGUCCUCUGGACCUGGACCUGCAUCCAGCUGUGUGUCCUUUAAGAGUGACUGGUCUAAGGAAUAUCCUCCUGAUUUUAAAGAACAACGUCCUGCUGCAGAGGGAGUGGAGCAGCAGAACUCAGAGGUUCCCAGAGCUCAGUCUGUCCAGCAGCAUCACCUGGACUCCAUAUUCAUGCUGCUGGAGGACAACAUGGUGACUUUUGUGAAGAAGGAGCUGAAGAAGAUGCAGAAGGUUGUGAGUCCAGAUUACCCAGAAUGCUCAGAGAGUCAGAGGGAGGAGGAGGAGGAGUUGGAGGGUGAUGAUGAAGAUGAGAGGAGCAGCAGAGAGAUGUUUGAGCAGAUCACAGUGUUGUUCCUGAGGAGGAUGAAGCAGGAGAAGCUGGCUGACUGUCUGCAGAGCAAACUUGCUGCUGCAGUUUGUGGACGUGAACUUAAACGUGGUCUGAAGAAGUUCCAGAGAGUGUUUGAGGGCAUCGCUAAAGCAGGACAGAAGACCCUCCUGAAUGAGAUCUACACAGAGCUGUACAUCACAGAGGGAGGGACUGCAGAGGUCAAUGAUGAACAUGAGGUCAGACAGAUUGAAGCAGCAUCCAGGAAAGCAGACAGAGCAGAAAGAAGCAUCAGACCAGAGGACAUCUUUAGAGGCUCACCUGGAAGAGAUGGACCAAUCAGAACAGUGAUGACACAGGGAGUGGCUGGCAUCGGGAAAACAGUGUUAACACAGAAGUUGACUCUGGACUGGGCUGAAGACAAAAGCAACCAGGACAUCCACUUCAUGUUUCCAUUGACUUUCAGAGAGCUGAAUGUGCUGAAAGAGAGAAAGUUCAGUUUGGUGGAACUUGUUCAUCACUUCUUCAGUGAAACCAAAGCAGCAGGAAUGUGCAGCUUUGAAGACUUCCAGGUUGUGUUGAUCUUUGACGGUCUGGAUGAGUGUCGCCUUCCUCUGGACUUCCACAACAAUGAAGUCCUGACUGAUGUUACAGAGUCCACCUCAGUGGAUGUGCUGCUGACAAACCUGAUCAGGGGGAAUCUGCUUCCCUCUGCUCGCCUCUGGAUAACCACACGACCUGCAGCAGCCAAUCAGAUCCCUCCUGACUGUGUGGACAUGGUGAUGGAGGUCAGAGGGUUCACCGACCCACAGAAGGAGGAGUACUUCAGGAAGAGAUCCAGAGAUGAGGAGCAGGCCAGCAGCAUCAUCUCCCACAUGAAGAAGUCACGAAGCCUCCACAUCAUGUGCCACAUCCCAGUGUUCUGCUGGAUCACUGCUACAGUUCUGGAGGAGCUGCUGAGAAGCAGAGAGGGAGGAGAUCUGCCCAGAACCCUGACUGAGAUGUUCAUCCACCACCUGGUGGUUCAGACCAAAGUCAUGAAGGUCAAGUAUGAUGGAGGAGCUGAGACAGAUCCACACUGGAGUCCAGACAGCAGGAGGAUGAUUGAGUCUCUGGGAAAACUGGCUUUUGAGCAGCUGCAGAAAGGAAACCUGAUCUUCUAUGAGUCCGACCUGACAGAGUGUGGCAUCGAUUUGAGAGCAGCCUCAAAGUACUCAGGAGUGUUCACACAGAUCUUUAAAGAGGAGAGAGGACUGUACCAGGACAAGGUGUUCUGCUUCGUCCAUCUGAGCGUUCAGGAGUUUCUGGCUGCUCUUCAUGUCCAUCAGACCUUCAUCAACUCUGGAAUCAACCUGCUGGAAGAACAACAACUAACAACAUCUCGUUGGUCUAAACUGUUUCAGAGUAAAUCAGCAUGUUUCUACCAGAGAGCUGUGGACGAGGCCUUGCAGAGUCCAAACGGACAACUGGACUUGUUCCUGCGCUUCCUCCUGGGUCUGUCACUGCCGACCAAUCAGAAUCUCCUACGAGGCCUGCUGACACAGACAGGAAGUCUCUCACAGACCAAUCAGGAAACAGUGGAGUACAUCAAGAAGAAGAUCAGUGAGAACGUGUCUGCAGAGAGAAGCAUCAAUCUGUUCCACUGUCUGAAUGAACUGAAGGAUGUUUCUCUAGUGGAGGAGAUCCAACAGUCCCUGAGAUCAGGACAUCUGUCCACAGAUAAACUGUCUCCUGCUCAGUGGUCAGCUCUGGGCUUCAUCUUACUGUCAUCAGAAGAACAUCUGGACGUGUUUGACCUGAAGAAAUACUCUGCUUCAGAGGAGGUUCUUCUGAGGCUGCUGCCAGUGGUCAAAGCCUCCAAGAAAGUUCUACUGAGUGGCUGUAAUCUGUCAGAGAGAAGCUGUGGAGCUCUGUCCUCAGUCCUCAGCUCCCAGUCCUCCAGUGUGACAGAGCUGGACCUGACUAACAACAACCUGCAGGAUUCAGGAGUGGAGAGUCUUUCUGCUGGACUGGAGAGUCCACACUGUAAACUGGAAGCUCUCAGACUGAGUGGCUGUAAUCUGUCAGAGAGAAGCUGUGGAGCUCUGUCCUCAGUCCUCAGCUCCCAGUCCUCCAGUGUGACAGAGCUGGACCUGACUAACAACAACCUGCAGGAUUCAGGAGUGGAGAGUCUUUCUGCUGGACUGGAGAGUCCACACUGUAAACUGGAAGCUCUCAGGUCAGGACUCAUCAACCUGUUCAGCUGAUGACCAUUUAAAAUGUGUUUUUAUUCAUGAUGAACAGAACAGCUGAGGUGGGAGGUUUUCUGUAUUUCUAUGACUCACAUCAGUUCUGUUACUGACCUUUAGCUCUAGUUUCUCUUAAUGAGGCCUCUUCCACUACAGGAACUUAAAAACCUGGAACCUGCAUCACAGAACCAGAACCUGUAAGAACCUGUACAGUCUUGGUUCCAGGUUCUGUU